AUGAAUAUCAGCACAUAUCGAUCUAUUAACAUACUACAGGAGUUACUUAUUCAUUUAUUUAGUCGUCUAUAAAUAUAUAUAUAAGGCACAUUCAUUUGACUAUUUAUAAAUACUGUAACAUUUUCCAAAAAUGCACUAAAUUACAUACAUACAUGUAAACAUAACAAAAUUAUAUCUAAUGGAUCUCGAUCUCAAUCAUUUUUAAUGUUAUCCUCUCCGUGUUUGUGUCCUAUCCGCUUUCAUGCAAUGCAUAUUUUAAAUAAAACAAAUCGAAUAUAUAGUUGAGUAAAAAGUUAAGAUAAUAAAACCUACUAGGAUGUAAAAAAAAAAAAAAGGAGACAAGUUAACACCUCUCAUGGCAUAUAUUUCUCAAGACAUUAUUUCACAAUCAAUGCUAGUAUCAUGAUGAUGAAUUAAGUACAGCUUAUUUAUAUGGUUUAUUUUUCAUCGUUCAUUGCAAUUGCACAUUUCAGGGAUCUCUUCUCCCUCUUUCUCUCUUAAACAAGAAAAUUAUGAUGGCUUCUUAUCAAAAUCUUUGCCUUGUUAUGCUCAUUGUGUUGAUAAGCAGCAGCAGUUAUUUUGCUUCUCCAGUUAACACCGCCCCUCGCGAUGGUCUUCUUCCCAAUGGAAAUUUUGAAGAAGGACCAAAACCAUCAAACCUCAACAAGAAGGUAAUUGUUGGCAAAUACUCCCUUCCCAAAUGGGUGAAAAAGGGCUUAGUGCAAUAUAUAUCAGGUGGACCUCAACCAGGUGGCUUCUACUUUGUUGUUCCACGUGGCGUCCAUGCAAUAAGGUUAGGGAAUCAAGCCUCUAUAUCCCAAUUUUUAAAAGUUAAAAAAGGAUCAUUCUACUCUCUUACAUUUAGCGCGACAAAGACUUGUAUAGAAGAGGAGGUUUUAAGGGUAUCGGCUUCAAAAGAAACCACAUAUCUACCCAUUCAAACAAUGUAUAGUAGUGAUGGAGGUGAUACUUAUGCUUGGGCAUUUCAAGCAACUUCUAAUAUUGUUAAGGUCACUUUCUACAAUCCUCAUGUUCAAGAUGAUCCUACUUGUGGACCACUCUUGGAUGCUAUUGCUAUCAAGGAGAUGUUGCCUCUCCCCAAACCAAUAGGAAACAUUGUUAAAAACGGAGACUUUGAAAUUGGACCUCAUGUAUUCAACAAUUUCUCAACCGGUGUACUUAUAUCUCCACAUUCAAUGGACGUAGUUUCACCACUCCCUGGCUGGAUUGUCGAAUCCCUUAAACCUGUCAAAUACGUCGAUUCAGCACACUUCUUUGUACCUUCAGGGUCUGCAGCCAUUGAGUUGAUAGGAGGAAGAGAAAGCGCGAUAGCUCAAAUCAUAAGAACAACUCCUAACAAGCAUUACCUCCUAACCUUCACCAUUGGAGACGCGGAGAAUGGUUGCACCGGACCAAUGAUGGUGGAAGCAUUCGCGGCAAUGGAGAAUGUUGUAGCUCACCAUGAGUCCCAUGGAAAGGGUAGUUUUACACAUGCAAGUCUCAAGUUUCAGGCUAUGUCAUUUAGAACUAGGUUAACAUUUUGGAGCUCAAUGUAUCACACUAAAGCUAAUGAUUUUGGAUCAAUGUGUGGUCCUGUCUUGGAUGAUGUUAAGGUGGUACCUCUUUAUUGAUUAUUGCCAUAGUAAAUUACCAAGUAAUUAAAAUGAUUUUCAUCAAAUUUAUUCACAAUAUCAUGAAAUAUAUGUGUAAUAAUUUAGAAUUAUUACUUACCUUUAUAUGUGUACAAUCGUACAUUAUAUAUUGAGGUUAUUGAUUUCUUUAUAGUAACUUUAUCGAUCCUCAAUUGCACAUUAGUUAAUAAAAUGUGUUUGCGUCCUUGACUUCCUUCUUUGAUUAUUUCCUUUUAACUGACUUAAUUUGCUUGUAAUGCCUUUCAGGAUGGUAGGCUCUAAUUGGACUAGUUGUCUGGAAUACUAAGGC